AUGAGUGUUUCACUAAAAGUUUUCGAUGAUGUUCCCGACUGUGUUGGAUAUAUCGUACUGAAUGCUGAUGGGUUUGUUGAACAUAGUCAUGGAGAUUUACAAAAUGACGAAGCUGUAGCAAAUUUGAUAUAUAAAAUGGUUCUAUGUGCAGUUAAAGUGAGUGUACACCCGACCAAACAGAUGUCAUUUGAACGAAUUACAGUCUCCGAUGAUCAGUAUUUUUACUGUAUUUCCUGUGCGAAUAAUCGUAUCUAUGCAGUCAAACGACGACAAGAAUCAUCGACGAUGGCUUGA